AGACUACUAAGUAGUUCAUCCGUAGGCUGCCAAAAUAUGUAACCCACCAUCUACUAUCGCGUUCGCGCCAAAAGGACUAGUCACUCGUCAGUUCCCUCCAUUUUCCCGCCUAAACCAAAACCCUUACCCCCAAAAAGAAAAAGGAAACCUAUUCCAUCAGUAUUCUCAGCACUCUCUCUCUCCUCUGCCUCCUCCGAAAACACACUCUCACACAGUAGAAUUGAGUCGGAGGGAAAGCUGGAAGUGGGAGGCGAAUGGAUCUCAGCGAGGAAGUUAGGGCGGCGCACAAGCGCGAGUUCCUCAAAUUCUUCGACCAAAGUGUAAUUGACUAUUUUCUUCGUCUGUCUCUCUUUACGGUUGGAUUAGGGUCAUGUAUUUUCUUUGUACCCACACUAAUGGAUCUUUAAUUUGUUUCAGGAAAUGAAUAUCGAGCUAAGGAAAGAUAUCGGCAUUAUGAUUAACAGACAAGAGCGCCGUCUGAUUAUUAAGUUGUCUCAUUUCUACAAUCACCGGGAAGGCGCCGAUAUUGCUCGCAGGCUUCUACAAAACCCCGGUGAGUAUGUGCAGCCGCUAUGCGAUUCAAUGACAGAAAUGGUUCGCAGCAUUGAUGCCAAAUACUUGAAGGAAGGGGAACAAGUCCUUGUCGGGCUUGAUGGUCCCUUUGUUUCACGAAGAGUCACUCCAAGGGACCUCUUGUCAGGGUUUAUUGGUUCAAUAGUGUGCGUUGAGGGCAUUGUCACAAAAUGUUCUCUUGUGAGGCCAAAAGUUGUUAAAAGUGUUCACUUCUGUCCAGACACAAAAAAGUUCACUAGUCGAGAAUAUAGAGAUAUUACAUCUAACAUGGGCUUACCCACUGGCUCCGUGUACCCGACACGGGAUGAGAAAGGGAAUCUGCUGGUUACUGAGUACGGGCUUUGUACGUACAAGGACCAUCAGACAUUAUCAAUGCAAGAAGUGCCUGAAAAUUCUGCUCCUGGUCAACUACCACGAACUGUAGAUGUCAUUUUAGAGGAUGAUUUAGUGGACAAAUGCAAACCUGGAGACCGAGUAGCUAUAGUCGGGAUAUACAAAGCACUGCCCGGAAAGAGCAAGGGGGGUGUCAAUGGAGUAUUCAGGACUGUUCUUAUAGCCAACUCCGUUUUUCCUCUGAACAAAUCAACUCAGGCAUCAAUAUUUGGAAACAAAGAUCGAGAUAACAUAAUAAAGAUAUCUAAGAGGGAUGAUGCCUUUGACCUACUCGCAAAUUCCCUCGCACCAUCCAUCUAUGGUCAUACAUGGAUAAAAAAGGCAUUGAUCCUACUGAUGCUUGGCGGAACUGAAAAGAACUUGAAAAAUGGGACACAUUUGCGAGGGGACAUAAAUAUGAUGAUGGUUGGUGAUCCCUCUGUUGCCAAGUCUCAACUACUUAGAGCAAUCAUGAAUAUUGCACCUUUGGCCAUAUCAACAACUGGCCGGGGUUCGUCUGGAGUUGGAUUAACAGCUGCUGUUACCUCUGAUCAAGAAACAGGAGAAAGAAGGCUUGAAGCAGGUGCCAUGGUUCUUGCCGAUCGAGGGGUUGUCUGUAUUGAUGAGUUUGACAAGAUGAAUGAUCAAGAUCGUGUCGCCAUCCACGAAGUCAUGGAACAGCAGACUGUUACAAUUGCAAAGGCUGGGAUUCAUGCAUCCUUGAAUGCUCGUUGCAGUGUUGUAGCUGCAGCUAAUCCAAUUUAUGGAACAUAUGACCGUUCGUUGACCCCCACAAAGAACAUUGGGCUUCCAGAUUCUUUACUUUCUCGUUUUGAUUUGUUGUUCAUUGUUCUGGAUCAAAUGGAUCCUGAUAUUGAUCGUCAGAUUUCAGAACAUGUUUUGCGCAUGCACAGGUUUCGUUCUAAUACAGGUGGAGACAGCAUUGCCUCAGAGAAUGCACAAUAUGAAAGGGAGGAUGAGGCAGAGACUAAUUCAACCGUUUUUGUCAAAUAUAACCGAAUGCUGCAUGGGAGGAAGACUAGUCGCAAGCGUGAAACACUCACAAUUGAUUUCUUGAAGAAGUAUAUCCAUUAUGCGAAACACAGGAUCCAACCCGAGUUAACUGAUGAGGCAUCUGAUCAAAUUGCUACUGCAUACGCUGAGCUUCGUAGCGCCAGUUCCAAUGCAAAGACUGGGGCGGGAACACUUCCAAUAACAGCCAGGACCUUAGAAACAAUAAUACGUCUGUCGACUGCCCAUGCAAAGCUGAAGUUAAGAAGACAGGUGGUGAAAUCCGAUGUUGAUGCAGCUCUUCAAAUUCUGAACUUUGCUAUCUAUCACCAAGAGCUUAAUGAGAUGGAGGAGCGGGACCAAGAGUGGGAAAGAGAAAUGGAGAGACAAAGAAAAGCCGACAACGAAGCUGGUAAUACUAGUAGAUCUCAGCAAGACGGUGGCAGAAAUGAAUCUGAAAAUGGUGAUGCUUCAAGAGGAAGGGAGGCCAUGGAUGUUGAUCCUACAGGAACUGAUGGCAAUACUUCAUCUCAGAGGUUGGAAGCUUUUAGAGCUGCGCUUGGAAAGCAUAGACACACACAGCAUGUCGAACAAAUGACAGUGGCUGAAAUAGAAGGAGUAGUGAACACUGGAGUUUCUGUUCCUUACUCAAAUGCAGAGAUAAUGUCCCUGUUAGAGAUAAUGGAAGCAGAAAACAAGUUGUACUAUGCCAAGGAUGUGAAUGUAGUGUACUUUGUGUAAAACCGGUAAGAAAUCCCUGAUGUGGCGUGCUUUGGAUGCUACGGUAACAGAGACGAACACUGAAGGCAAUUGACAGUAACCCUUGAUGUUAUUCUCCAGAUAAAAUGCCCAAGAUUCUGUGUCAUUCAGCUUGGCAGGCAUUUGCUAUGUUAUUAAACCUUUGCAAGUUGCAACUCUCAUGUUUAGAUGAACUCAUUAACUGAUUUGGUGCUUAUUGAAAGUUUGUAAUAGAGGAUGAAUUAGAUUGGAAAUGUAGUCAACUGCGAUGAUUUUUCUAAUGUAGGAGGAUAAUGCUUAUUGAAAGUUUAUUUAGGACGAUAUUGCUUUAAUUUUAUUUUAUUUUAUUGUCGUGGUA